GUUUCGACCUCCAUCUUGGACGCUUCAAACAUCUUUAAUAAUCUAUGGGGCCCAAGGCUAUACGGAAAAGGCCUCGUUUGCAGCAGAAAAGAUUACCAGAUAGCGGCAAAGGCUCUUUGAGCGGAAAUGAGCGUUGGGAACGUCUUCAAUUGGCUAAUAUUAUUGAUGAACGGAUGGGAUUUGAGAGAUUAGAAAUAGGAUCACCUAUAGAAGGAUGGCUUAUUAAUAUGCAUGAGACGGCAUUGCCAGAUGAUACACAGGGAGGAAAAGCAGCUAUGGCAUUUUAUUUUCUUAAGGAGGAUGGAGAAGGGUUUAAAGUGAUUUUACCAUUUGAACCGUAUUUUUUUAUUGCUUGCAGAGCGGGUAGUGAAAUUGAAGUGGAAAUCUAUUUACGUAAAAUGUUUAAUACAAUUGUUCGUAUUACACGUUGUAUGAAAGAGGAUCUUCAAAUGCCGAAUCAUUUGUCAGGAUAUCGUCGUUUAUUUUUGCAGUUAUUUUUUAAUAAUACAAUGGACCUUAUGAGUGUUCAAAAGGUGCUUGUACCAUUGGCGGAAGCAAAUAAAAAAAAGAUGGAUGUAUUGGAUGCUUUAAAUGAGGUUGUAACGACAACAACAGAUACAACAGCUUGCCCAGAAAUGUAUUAUUCAUCUUGUUCGGUUCGUUCAGAAGAUUAUAUUAUUGAUGCAAGGGAAUAUGAUGUACCUUAUAGCGUCCGUGUAGCAAUAGAUAAGGAUAUUCGUGUUGGAAAAUGGUACCAAGUAAAGCCUCAAGUGGGUACUGUAACUAUGGAAGUAAUUGAGGAUCGUAUUACUCGAGCAGAACCGGUGGUACUUGUUUUCGAUAUUGAGACGACGAAAUUACCUUUAAAAUUUCCAGAUUCAGCAAUUGAUCAGAUUAUGAUGAUUUCUUAUAUGAUUGAUGGUCAAGGAUUUUUGAUUACAAAUAGAGAUAUUGUCUCUUUAGAUAUAGAUAAUUUUGAAUAUACGCCUAAACCUGAAUAUGAGGGUCCUUUUUGGAUAUUUAAUGAACCUGAUGAAAAAAGUUUGAUUCAACGAUUUUUUAAUCAUAUUAGGGAUGCAAAACCUACUAUUAUUUCUACUUAUAAUGGUGAUUUUUUUGAUUGGCCUUUUAUCGAAGCAAGAAGUGCUAUAUAUGGGUUGAAUAUGUAUGAUGAGAUAGGAUUUUCGAAAAAUAAGAAUGAUGAAUAUCAAAGUUCAUAUUGUGUUCAUAUGGAUUGUUUUAAUUGGGUUAAAAGAGAUAGUUAUUUACCACAAGGUAGUCAAGGGUUAAAAGCAGUAACGAAAGUAAAAUUAGGAUAUAACCCAAUUGAGUUAGAUCCAGAGUUAAUGACGAGAUAUGCUAUUGAAAAACCUCAGGUCCUUGCUCAAUACUCUGUUUCAGAUGCUAUCUCAACUUAUUACUUGUAUAUGAAAUACGUUCAUCCUUUUAUAUUUUCUCUUUGUAACAUUAUUCCUUUAAAUCCUGGUGACGUUUUAUCCAAAGGAACAGGAACAUUAUGUGAAAUGCUUUUAAUGGUUCAAGCAUUUAAAAAGAAUAUUAUUUUGCCUAAUAAGCAUGUUAAUUCUUAUGAUAAACAUUUUGAAGGACAUCUUUUGGAAAAUGAGACAUAUGUUGGUGGUCAUGUUGAAAGCCUUGAAGUAGGUGUUUUUCGAAAUGAUAUACUAGAGAAAUUUAAUGUUGAUUCGAAUACUAUUGAAAAGCUUAUAAAUGAACUCGACCCUGCUCUUAAAUUUAGUAUUGAGGUAGAAGCUAAAAAAAAAGUUUCAGAUAUUCUUAAUUAUGAUGAGAUAAAACAGCAAAUAAUUUUACAACUUGAUGAUUUCAAAAAAAACACUUUUAGGACAGAAUAUCCUAAAAUUUACCAUUUAGAUGUUGCGUCAAUGUAUCCUAAUAUUAUGAUUACAAACAGACUUCAGCCUGAUUCUAUGAUUGAUGAAUCUAUAUGUGCUACUUGCGAUUUUAAUAAAUCUGGGAAAACUUGUGAUAGAAAAAUGACUUGGUCCUGGCAUGGUGAUUUUUUCCCGGCUAAACGUGAUGAAUAUAAUAUGAUUAAGCAUGCUUUGCGAAAUGAAACUUUCCCGACAAAAGUCCGUGGUAUUUUAAAAAGUUUUGAUGAAUUGUCUGCUUCAGAACAAUCUUCUAUUAUUCAAAAACGAUUAACAGAAUAUUGCAAAAGAGUUUAUGGCAAGAUUCGUUAUUCUAAAGUUGUGGAGCGAGAGACUAUAGUAUGCCAAAGAGAGAAUCCAUUUUAUGUUGAUACAGUUAAAAGUUUUCGUGAUAGACGAUAUGAAUUUAAAGGUUUACAAAAACAAUGGAAACAACGUCUUGAUAGUAUACCUUUAUCAGAUCUUUCACGAAUUGAUGAAGCUCGAAAAAUGGUUGUAUUAUAUGAUUCGCUUCAGCUUGCUCAUAAAGUAAUAUUAAAUUCGUUUUAUGGUUAUGUUAUGCGAAAAGGCUCUCGUUGGUAUUCUAUGGAAAUGGCUGGAGUUACAUGUUUAACAGGAGCCAAAAUUAUUCAGACUGCUCGGCAAUUAAUUGAAAAAGUGGGACGUCCUCUUGAACUUGACACUGAUGGUAUUUGGUGUAUUCUGCCGUCAACAUUCCCUCAAAACUAUACUUUUAAUUUCAUAGAUGGCAAAACUCUUUCUAUAUCUUAUCCAUGUGUUAUUUUAAAUUAUCUGAUUCAUUCGCAAUUUACUAAUCAUCAGUAUCAUAACCUUGUAGAUCCUCUUCGAUAUAAAUAUGAAAUUCACUCUGAGAAUAGUAUUUUUUUUGAAAUAGAUGGUCCUUAUAGAGCUAUGAUAUUACCUGCGUCUAUAGAAGAGGAUAAAACAAUUAAAAAAAAAUAUGCAGUAUUUAAUAAUGAUGAGACAUUUGCUGAGCUUAAAGGAUUUGAAGUCAAGCGUAGAGGAGAAUUGAAAUUAAUUAAGAUUUUUCAAUCACAAGUUUUUAAAAUGUUUUUAGAAGGAACUAGUUUAGAAGAGUGUUAUGCUGCUGUUGCAGCAGUUGCAAAUAAAUGGCUUGAUAUUUUAUAUACUAAAGGUGUAACAUUGGCCGACGAAGAGUUAAUUGAAUUGAUUUCUGAAAACAGAAGCAUGUCAAAAACAUUAGAAGAGUAUGGAUCACAGAAAUCAACAUCUAUAUUUACGGCAAGACGCUUAGCAGAAUUUUUAGGUGAUCAAAUUAUUAAAGAUCGUGGUUUGGCGUGUAAAUUUAUUAUAUCUUCUAGACCUAAAGAUGCAUCUAUUGUGGAAAGAGCUAUUCCAGUUGCUAUAUUUUCUGCUGAUGAAAAUGUAAAAAAGCAUUUUUUAAGAAAGUGGCUUCAUGAUAACAAUCUUUCUGACUAUGAUAUUCGAACAAUUCUUGAUUGGAAUUAUUAUUUAAAACGUUUUAGUUCUGUUAUACAAAAACUUGUAACUAUCCCUGCUGCAAUGCAAAUGGUACCAAAUCCUGUUCCUCGUGUAGCUCACCCUGAUUGGCUUCAAAAACGACAUUCCGCUAAGUUUAGUGGACUUAAACAACAUUCUAUUACAGAAAGUUUCAAGGAACUUCCCAAGAUUAUGGAAGAUAUUACAAAUACUAAUAAAAGAUCUUUUGCUGAUAUAGAAGAAUUUCCUUUUCAAAAAUCUACUAAAACUAUUUUUAAAACUUCUGAUAGUAUAGAAGGAAUUGAUGAAAAUGAAAGUGAUGAUAUUUUUUCUACAUUAGAGCCACCAACUGUAGCAAUUGAUCAAGAUUAUAAAUUAUGGCUUCAAUAUCAAAAACGUAAAUGGAAAAUACAAAAACAAUCCAGAGAUAGACGCCGUUAUUUAUUUGGCCCUAACAUUGAUAUAAACAACAGUCUUUCGAGCUUCUUUCAUAAUAAAGCUAUUUAUACUUAUACAAAAACAUGGGAAAUUUUAGAAUUUCGCCAAACAGAUAUUCCAGGAGAACUUCGAGUUUGGGUAUUAAUUAAUAAUAUAUUACAUAGUAUCAAGUUAAUUAUUCCUCGAAUUAUAUAUAUUAAUUUUAAAUCUGCUGAUUUUCCAGAAUUUAAGUUAGAAGGUUGUGAUGUUGAAAAAGUUUCAAAGGUAUUGCCAAAUGGAAAACAGCCUCAGUAUCUUUUUGAGCUUAGAAUCUCGGAAUAUAUUUAUAAUAAUGAACAGAAACUAUUUUUAAAUUUUUUCAAUCAUCCUAGCAUUGAUGGUGUUUUUGAAACUCAAAUAACUACAAAGGAGCGUGCAAUAUUACUGUUGGGAGCAGUAUGUGAAUUUAAAAGUACUACUCAGGGUAGCUUGAAAAAGGCAUUGGAAAAAGGGUUUGAUUUAGAAAUGCUGGAAAAAUCAAAUAAAAAUAUUUCAUAUUUGGACAAAUCUAAAUUGAAUUUUAUAUUUGUGAGCUUUCUUUUUGCUGGGAAUAGGAAAAUUCUUUCUGUAUUUUAUUCAAAUAAACAUAUAGCUAACAUAUUUGUUAUGGAUAAUUCUCGAGAAACUUCAGCGUUUCCAAAUUUUGAGAAACUUUAUUCAGAAUUAUUGUCUAAUUGGAAAUCUCAAGACUUGUUUAACGAUUCGGCAUUUGAAUUUAGUGAUUCUAUUACAUUUAAGAUCCUUGUAUUGAAAAAUGAGAAAAAAUUAUAUAAAUCUUUUUCUACUUGUUUAAGAGAAUAUCAAACGGAAAGGCAUGGACCAACUAUUGUAGUUCAUACUUUAAAACAUGAUCAAUUAUCUCAAUCAUUUCCUAUUUUACUUGAUUUUCCUCUUAUGAAGUUUCCUCAAGAUGAUAAUAAUGUUCCAUCUCUAGGGUGGCAGACUUAUCUUGGAAAAACUCUGAUAACAUCAUUCUUGCAUUUGUCUGUUUUUAUUUCAUAUAGGAUUAGGCUUUCUAGAUACAGUAAUAUACCUCUUUGUGAAAUGUUAGAAGAUGAUUCAAAAUUUGUUAUUGAUAUUACAUUUGCAAGAUGUCUUAUAAAAAAUAAUUACUUAUUAUGGUGGUCAAAAUCUUCUGUUCCGGAUUAUGGAGGAUAUGAGAAAGAUUGGAUGCCGUAUACACAAGGAAUGGACAUACCUCUCGUCAACAAUCCGGGGUCUUAUGAUAAUGUUUGUAUUGAACUUGAUAUUAAAAGUCUUACUAUUUCUGCUAUUUUAAAUUUUGCUUUAGUUAAUGCAAUAGAUUCUGUUUCAGAGCAAGCAUUUGAUGAAUUUUCUGUUUUGGACAAUGAUAUUCAUAAUGAUUUUGAAAAUUUUGUUGAUGGUAAUUCUUCCUGUUCUGUUAUGGUUGUUUUGAAAUCAUUGGUUAAACAUUUGUGGUCUGAAGCAAAUAUGGGCAAUACAAAUGCUGAUUUAAUGGUACAGCAUUUUAUACGUUGGGUUUCUAGUUCAGAUUCAUUCUUGUAUGAUAUAUCGCUUCAUGCUUAUGUUCAAAAAAUAUUAAAAAAGGCGUUUCUUAAUUUACUUUCUGAUUUAAAAAGAGCUGGCUCAAAAAUUGUAUUUGCUAACACUUUUCGUAUUCUUAUACAAACUAGUAAAAAAAACGUGGAAAAUGCAUAUGCUUAUGGAUUAUAUAUUAUAAAAACAAUUAGAGGCAAGCCUCUUUUUCAUUUUUUGGAUAUUAAUAUUAAAGAAUAUUGGGAUUAUCUUCUUUGGAUGGAUGAUGCUAAUUAUGGGGGGAAAGCAUGUUCAGAAAUAAAAAAAGAACAAAAUAUGGAUACAAUAUUGCACUGGCAUAUCGCUAAUUUUCUUCCAAAAAUUCUUAAAGAUGAAUUUAAAGCUUGGGUAACAGAAUUUAUCUCAUUUAUGUAUAAAUCGAAAUUAUCUGCAUUAGAAGGAUUUUCUACUCAACAUCAAUCUCAGGACAAUAUAAGUAAUUCUCAAACAUCAGAAACUUUAAGCGAAAAUACUAUUUUAGACGAGAUUGCCAAACCUCUGAUUAAACGUACCUCUCAAUUAUUUCAUUUGCAAACCAAUUCUUUCAAAAAUGGUGAAUUAAAUGCAGAAUUUCAAGUACCUAUUUUGCCUGGAUCGCAUUUGGAAAUUAAUAACCCUAUAUUGCUAUUUAUAAAAUGCAUCUGUGCUGUUUUUGAAUUAGUAAAAGAUUUUUCCUUGGACGUAAGAAUGUUACGAAGAGAUUUACUAAAAAUACUCGACAUUAGUGAGUUUAGUGCAGAAUCUAUCUUCCAAAAUCCUAGUCGUUCAUAUGUGCUUCCUGUUAUAUGUCAAAGUUGUGGUUUCUCUCGAAAUAUGGAUUUUUGUAGAGAUAAUGAUUUUUUAACAGAUCAAUCAAAUAAAAAAGUACCGAUUCUAAGAUGCACUCUCUGUCUUACUGAAUAUAACAAACUUGCUAUUGAAGAGGUUUUAAUUGAAAAAGUUCAACAUAUGAUAAAAAUCUAUCAAACACAGGAUUUACGUUGUAAACGCUGCAAAAAAAUGAAAGAAACUAAUAUACAGGAGUAUUGCACUUGUUCUGGAAAUUGGACCUCUACUUUUGAUCAUUGUCAAGGCAUUUUCAACUUAUUUAAUAACAUAGCAAUUUUUUGUGAAUUUAAAAUGCUAGAAGAGAUUCUUCAAAUAUUUAUAUAAAUCAUUCUCUUGGUUCUAGAUUCAUAGAAAUACUUGUGUAUAAUUA